GCCCUGCUGGCUUGAGUAUGCCUGGAAGCAGGCACCCCAGGCCCUCUUGUUGCACUUCAAAGAGGCUUGGGCGCUCGUGUGUUCGCAGUGGGAGUGUUCAGAUGACAGCUGUGACACCCUUUUCCUAAUGCCAGCAGAGAGUUUUUCUCUUAUCUUCAGUCCUCACUGGAAGGAGAGAUUUUUGCCUUUUCCUGGCUAGACACAGAACAUCAAAUUCCUGGUGGAAAUGCCCCCUCCUCGCAGCAGCCCUCCUGGACACAUCCAGUUCUUUACAGUCAAACACCUCCAAAACCUCACCCUGAAUUCCUGCCCAGCUUGUGUCCCUGCUUCUGGCCUUCACAGCCUGGAGACUCCCUAAAUCGCAGCUGGGAAGGGAUGAGUCGGGUGCAGGUGGUAUCUCCUCCUCCUGUGCCACUCAGACAUCCAGCACAGGGAGUGGAAGAGAUACGGGAUGUCCCUGCUGCCUUAUCUACAGGCUGCAGCUUGGUGACGCCGAGCCGGGUGCCGGUGCCCAAGCACCUCCCUUGGAGGGCUCUUACGGUAAAAGGAAGUGUAUUGCAAGAGGGGUGGUGGCGAGCAGGGACGCUUCCCACGGGUCAGCGCUGCCCUCCUCACCGCUUCACCUGCUCCAUCUUCCCAGCUGUGGCUUUGACACCCCUGCCCGGAGUUGCUCCGGGUAAUGCAGCAUCCCCGGGACUCUCUGUGACGUGGUGAGCAGCAGGGCAGGCAUCAAAGCUGCGGUGCUGGUGGAUUGUGACCACAAGGGAGCUGUGCCGCAGCUGCAAAUCUACUUCACACAUCAAGGGUGCCUCUGAGCAGAGCUGCUGUGGAGACUGAAGAGCUGGAGAGGACGGCGCAGAGGUUCGGAGGCACACCGUGAUGGUGGGAGCCAUUCCACGGCAGCCACGCCGCUUCUGGGGGGUGCCUGGCUGGCAGGUGUCUUCAGCGAGCUGUGCCAACGACAGCCCACGGCGGGACGGGGAGGUUGAUCCGGAGCACGCUGGGGUUCUGCUGCAGAGGGAUGCUGCGCUGCAGUGCACCCCAUAACGGGAGGCUCGCUCGGACAUCCUGAGGGAGAGGGCCCAGCUCCUGCCCUGCCCUCCCGCUGUCACCCGUGGCACUUUACUGUCCCCCUCCUGCCGCUGCAUGGGCUGUCCUGGCUCCAGCUCCUCGUGGGGCCCAGCCAAGUGAGGCUCCAUGCGGCACAUCCACGCGGAGACGUCCCUGCCCCCGGAGCCCAGCGCCGACUCCGGCCUGCCCCGACCCAGCGGAGAGGCGGCCUUGGAGCCUUCCUCGCAGCGCUGCACCCACCACGGCAUCCUCAUGGGCUACAACGAGACGGAGAUCAAGCGCCAGAAGGUUUACCAGGUCUCCAUCUUCUCCCAUCUCUCCAGCUCCUCCGAGAGCACGGAGCAGCGGGCGGGCAGCCGGCCGGCUGUCAAGAGGGGAUACCCCGAGCAGCGAACUCCGGAGGGGGUGCGGGAUCCCAAACGAACUCACUGGGGUGGAGGGGGGGUGGACGGCAAGUGCGAGAGGGGCCCCGGGCAGGCUGCCCUGGAGGAUGACGAUGCCUUCGAGGACGGUCUGCUGGUGGAGGAGCUCUCCCUGUGCGGCUCUGCCCAGCACUUCUCCCAUAGCGGGCUGCGGGUGGUGGAGCACCGCUGCGAGGGCAGCCCCAGCCGCAGCCCCAAGGCCAGCAGAGAGGACAAGCCGCAGGAUGCCUCCUCCUCCUCCUCCUCCCGGCCUCAGCACAUGGCUUGCAGUACUUUGCACACGAGAGACGGUUGUCCCGUCCCGCCAGGGGAUCAGCCCGCGGGCUGCGGGGAGAAUGGGGAUCGGGCGAGUGGCCACAACCUACUUGACCUUGAUUUGCACAAUAUUGCACAAACGUCCCAGCUGGACUCUGGUGGGAGGAGAGAAAAGCCGGGGAGCAGCCCUGCUCACUGCAGCAGGGCUAGCGGAGGAGAGGAAUGGCCAGUGGCGGCCAACGGGUGCAAGGAGCCCCCGACCCCGCAAGCGGUGCUCAGCCCCGAGCCUGGCAGCCUGAGCUCCCUGGAGAAGACGCCUUGCGGGAGCAGCCGGGUCAGCGGCAGCAGCUGCCCAGCCAAAAGGAAGCUGCUGCCUGCUGGUGAGGUGGUGGCCGACUCCUGCUCCGAGGAUGAGAGCUUGUCCCCACCAGCGAGGAAGAAGAGGGCCCUGCCGUGCCACCCGGUGCCCACAGCCUGCCGCAGCACCGACGCCAAGGGAGCCCCUUUCUGGAACCACCUGCUCCCUGCAGCCAAGAGCUCUGAAGAUUGCACUGCGGUCGGGAGGAGGCUGAAGAGCGGGCUGCGCCUCAAAUCGCGACAUCUCCGGAGCAGCCCCCGGAGGGGAACCCGCUCCUCUGCAGCACCCUGGGCCACCACCACCGUCAGCCACGCUCUGCUGGGCAACUUUGAGGAGUCCAUCCUGAAGGGGCGCUUUGCACCGUCAGGACGCAUCGAGGGCUUCACAGCAGAGAUCGGUGCCAGCGGCUCCUACUGCCCCCAGCAUGCCACCCUGCCUGUGGACGUCACCUACUUCGACAUCUCUGAACACAGCGCACCCUCACCUUUCCUGGGAGUGAUUGACUUGGAGGCCUUGGGAAAGAAGGGUUACAGUGUCCCCAAAGCUGGAACCAUCCAAGUGACCUUAUUUAACCCCAACAAGACUGUGGUGAAGAUGUUCUUGGUGACGUACGACUUCCAGGACAUGCCGGCCAACCACAUGACCUUCCUGCGCCACCGCAUCUUCCUGGUGCCCGUGGGGGAGGAGGAAGGGGCCACCGUGGCCCCCAGCGAGCCACCGGGCACCAGCCCGCCCCGCAGGGUCCUCUGCUACCUGAUGCACCUGAGGUUUCACAGCUCCAAGUCGGGGAAGAUCUACCUUCACGACGACAUCCGGCUGCUUUUCUCCCGCAAGUCGAUCGAGGUCGACUCGGGGAUCCCCUACGAACUGAAAUCUUUCACGGAGAUGCCAAGGAACCCCUGCUACUCGCCCUGGGCCUGACCUUCUCCCUCGCCCCAGGGCUGCCGGGGAGCUCCCAGCCCGCUGCUUCGGGGAGAGAUGAGUAAAGGAGAGAUGAAGCCCUGCCACCUUCACGUGUCACCCUCCUCACCUGCCCCCAAGUCGCGGCUGUGCCCCCCUGCCAUCGCCAAGGGGGCUUCAUGAGGAGGGAUGGGGGCAGCCCCAGGGACGUGCCCAGGGUUUUUGCCGCUGCUGCCCCAAACUGGGAGGCACGGCUGGAGGCAAAGGGGGGAGGCUGCCCGUGCCCAUCCCCGGGGCGCGAGCUGAAAGCGUGGAAAAAGUUUGUAUUUAUUAGUAUUUAUUGUCACUGGGUGGGUGGAGGAUCGGAGGCGCUGCUUUUUUUUCCCCCUACAGGUGCGGGAUGAGGCCCCAGACAGCGGGGGCUGCACCCCCAGCCCCAUGGGGCUGCCAGGGCACAGCGAGGGCGGCCGUGGCCCCAGGUGGAGGGAGGGGGUGACCCUGCUAGAAGCCGGGGGGCUGUGUUAGAAGCCGGGGGGCUCUGUUAGAAGGUGGGGGUGAGGCUGAGACUCGCUGGGCACCAUCUCGGUGAUGUCUGAACCAUGGGGGGGUGCGUGUUGGUGGAUCCCCUCACCCCUUGGGACAGAGGAAGGAGGGAGCCAAACC